GCAUUUUAGAGCUUAUAUGGGGUGUAGUAAGAAGGAAAGGCAUGUUAGGCAAAAAGAUUAACUUAUUUUGAUUCCUUCAUUAUCAUUGGUUGGGAGAGCCAAAAAAGACUUGAAAAAGGGAUUAAUGUUGAUGUCGGCAUAUGCGCAAAUAGCAAACAUUUGGGAGUAGAAAAACACCGGUAAUAUCGGGUGGGGCUCAUCCGAAAAGAGGCCCGAGAAAAAAGUUCUUUUUGUACAACGAACGUGAUGGUGAUGAUGACGAUGAUGAUAAUGGUGUCUUCAAUUUACACAGUAACAACUAUAACAAACAAUUCCCUUUUCCUUUGUCAUAAAUAAAUAAUGCUCCUUUUUCUCGUCUCUUUGCUUUUUCUUCACUCUCACUACACAGCUCACUUCGGUGAAAGAUGUGCAUUCAUGGGUGAGAGAUCCAAACAGGUGAUUGUGAAUUUUAGAGAUGGAAAAGGAGUGUGGAUGUUGGGCAAUUAUCAGGUGCAACUUAGGAGCCGCCGCCUGUAAAAAAACCCAUUCCAGAAGCUCAGCCUCCACCAUCCCAAGAAGCAGUCUUGUUUAUGAUGCUGCCACCGAGACUCGUUACUUGAAUGCCAGCAAUCGCGAGAUGAUGUGUGCUCCUGUUGAAGCCCGGAGCUCGUUCGAAGCCCGAGACACUAAAGCAUUGCACCAACUGCUUCAAUUCAGCUUCCAAGAGCUAAAGGCGGCCACGGGCAAUUUCAGGCCUGACAGCAUACUUGGGGAGGGUGGUUUUGGAUAUGUUUUCAAAGGAUGGGUUGAGGAGAAUAGAACAACGCCAGCUAAGCCUGGCUUGGGAAUCACUGUUGCCGUGAAGAGUUUGAAGCCUGAUGGGUUUCAAGGCCAUAGAGAAUGGGUGGCAGAGGUGGAUCUUCUUGGACAGCUUCAUCAUCCGAAUCUGGUUAGGCUGAUCGGAUAUUGCAUUGAAGAUGAUCAAAGAUUACUUGUUUAUGAGUUCAUGACACGAGGAAGUCUUGAGAAUCAUCUUUUCAGGAGGACAAUACCUCUAGCGUGGUCCAACAGGGUGAAAAUUGCAGUUGGGGCAGCCAAGGGCUUGGCUUUCCUUCACGGAGGGCCCGAACCUGUCAUUUAUCGAGACUUCAAGACUUCAAACAUUUUGCUUGAUUCGGAGUAUAAUGCCAAACUUUCGGAUUUCGGUUUGGCGAAGGCGGGCCCACAAGGAGACAAAACACACGUUUCCACUAGAGUUUUGGGAACUUACGGUUAUGCUGCUCCUGAAUAUGUAAUGACAGGACACUUGAGUUCCAAGAGCGAUGUCUACAGCUUUGGCGUUGUACUUUUGGAGAUUCUAACUGGGAGAAGGUCGAUGGACAAGAAAAGGGUUCACCGAGAACAGAAUCUGGUGACGUGGGCCCGCCCAUAUUUGUCCGACAAGCGCAAGGUUUAUCAGCUGGUGGACCCUCGCUUGGAGCUCCAUUACUCGAUCAAAGGGGUGCAAAAGAUAUCUCAGUUGGCCCUCAGUUGCCUCAGUCGGGAUGCUAAUUCCCGGCCCUCGAUGGAUGAGGUCGUGAAAGUUCUCGUGCCUCUACAGGAACUCAAUGACCUCGCCAUACUUUCCUGCCAUGCUCGAUUUUCUCAGUCCAAGAACAAAAUGCAUCAGUCCAAGAGUGCAAGUGAUGCUGCAGUUUUGCAUCAUUGUAGAUAACAAGUACUGUUUGCUUUUCCUGAACUUUUUGUAUUAUUGUAAGUUGCAUUGGAUUUGCAUAUUAGUUGGUAAUGAUUGUUAUAUAUUUUUAUCUGAAUGCUUUCAGGUGUGAAAAGUUUGUGAAAUGUCUGUGUGUGUAUGUGUGAUGUGAGUAAUAUCUGAUGUCAUUGUGUGCUAGUGAACAUAGCACCUCGUUUUCCAGGCACUGCAGAUCUCAACAAUUGAGUGCCAGAUACAGGCUUUUUGGAUAUUUGAUUUUAGUAAAUACACAAAAAUAUAUUUUGUGGGAUGGGCGCUGUAUGUUUCAGGGUACGAGUAAUCAAAUAUUG